CCCUGGAAACACGGUAAAGCAGACAUCCAAAAGUUUUUUUUUUUUUUUUUAAAUCGCCCCUAUUGGCAAUGAGCCUUCUGUGGCUGUUCUGCUGCCCGCCACUGCCGUCAUCCAUCGUGCGCAAGCUGGCCUUCCACCCGCCGGCACCGACGUACCGCGUGGAGCAGACCUCGGUGGGGCUUCGCUUCGUGCCGCGAGUCCUCGUGGACUCGGUGCAGCUGUGGCGGGUGCAGCCCUUCUUCGUGCCAACCAGGUGCGGCUCGCAGCUGGCCUGCGUGUACCUGCGAUGCGCCGUGGCGCCGCGCUUCACGCUGCUCAUGUCACAGGGCAACAGCGAGGACCUGGGGCUGGUGGUGGGCUGGUACCUAAAGCUCGGCUGCUACCUGGGCUGCGACGUGGUGGGCUACGACUACUCCGGGUACGGCGCCAGCUCGGGACGGCCCUCCGAGAGGGGAAUGUACGCCGACGCGACCGCCGUGUGGCAUGCCCUGGUCGACAGGCACCACGUACCCCCGGAGAAGGUGGUGCUGUAUGGCUACAGUCUGGGCACGGCGCCGACCAUCCACCUGGCGGCGCGACACAAGAGCGUCGCCGGUGUUGUGCUGCAGGCGCCCUUCACGUCGGCGCUGCGCCUUGUGUGCCCGGGUGUGCGGCGCACCUGGUGCUGCGAUGCCUUCAACAACAUCGACCGCGUGGGCGAGGUACACGCGCCUGUGCUCGUGGUGCACGGCAUACGUGACGACGUGGUCGAGUGGCGGCACGGCAUCGAGAUCCUCUCACGCUGCGCCAACCCUGUGGAGCCACUGUGGCUGGAGGGCGGGGACCACUACAACCUGUCGCGACACGAGCAGCUGUGGGCGCGCCUCGGGAGCUUUCUGGCCGAGCUGGAGGCCGCGUCGCCAUCACUAGGCCCUUCUUCGGCCGACGAGAGACGUUCGAGUGCCCCUUCCACAACAGUUCCAGUGUAGUACUAUCAUAACUAAUGAAAAGUCAUUUAUGUUCUUUACAUUAUAACCAUACAACAAAUAAAUGAUAAAUUAAAUCACUAU